UGCCUCAAUUUAAGUUCAGCAUCAAACCACAUUAGCACAACGUAACGAGCAAAGUACGUAAUAAUUAAGUUCAUCGGGAUGGGGAAUUCGUCGGAGAAGUUUGGAUCGUCGUCGUCGUCGGAGAAGGUUGCUACAGCCGAGGAGUGGCAAAGGGCGGUGAACAAGGUGGUUCAGGCGGUGGUCGCGAUCCACGUCACAGCUUGCCGAAGUUUCGACACCGAGUCCGUUGGUUCUUCAACCGCAACUGGCUUUGUUGUCGAUAAGCGCCGUGGAAUUAUUCUUACUAACAGACAUGUUGUUAGCCCUGGACCUGUGGUGGCUGAAGCCAUGUUUAUGAACAAUGAAGAAAUUCCUAUCUAUCCAAUAUAUAGAGACCCUGUUCAUGAUUUUGGUUUUUUUCGUUAUGAUCCUGGUGCAAUACAAUUCCUUGAUUAUGAGGAAAUCCCUCUUGCUCCUGAGGCUGCUCAUGUGGGCCUUGAAAUAAGGGUAGUGGGGAAUGAUAGUGGCGAGAAGGUCUCUAUUUUGGCCGGCACCCUUGCUCGUUUAGAUAGAGAUGCUCCAAAGUACAUGAAUGAUGGCUACAAUGACUUCAAUACAUUCUACAUACAAGCUGCAUCUGGGACUAGGGGUGGUUCAAGUGGCUCUCCAGUAAUUGACUGGAAGGGCAGAGCGGUUGCUUUGAAUGCAGGGAGCAAUAAUUCAAGCGCCUCUGCUUUUUUCCUUCCGUUAGAGCGAGUUGUAAGGGCUUUAGCUUUCUUACAACAAGGAAGAGAUUCUAGACACAAAUGGGAGGCAAUAUUUAUUCCUCGUGGCACGCUUCAGGUUACAUUUGUUCAUAAAGGAUUUGAUGAGACCCGUCGUCUUGGUGUUCAUAGCGAAACAGAACGGUUGGUACGAAGUGCUUCUCGUCCAGGUGAAAUUGGAAUGCUUGUUGUUGAUUCUGUGGUGCCUUGUGCCCCAGCUUAUGAUCUCUUAAAGCCAGGUGAUGUACUUGUUUGUAUGAAUGAGAAGGUGACUACUCAUUUCCUUGAGAUGGAAACUCUACUUGAUGACAAUGUCGGAAAGAAUGUUGAACUUAAAAUUGAAAGAGGUGGUGCCUCAUUGACCGUUGAAUUAGUGGUCCAGAAUUUGCACUCAAUAACUCCUGACCGCUUCUUGGAAGUUAGUGGUGCAGUGAUACACUCCCUUUCAUAUCAACAGGCUAGAAAUUUCAAUUUUCAAUGUGGACUUGUCUAUGUUGCAGAGUCAGGAUAUAUGUUCUCUAGAGCUGGUGUUCCUGACCACUCUAUCAUUAAGAAAUUUGGAGGCAAAGUUAUUUCAAAUCUUGAGGAGUUAAUACAUGUCCUAUCUAACUUGAAUAGGGAUUCAAGAGUACCUCUUGAGUACAUAAGCAACACAGACCGUCACCGGAUACAGUCUGUGUUAGUCACAGUCGACCGCCAGGAGUGGCAUGCCCCUCCUCUUAUUUACACUCGUGAUGAUGGUUCUGGAUUAUGGUUUGCUAAGCCAGCUUUACUGCCUGAUUGUGUUUUCCUUUCUGACGUAAUUCCUGCCAGACAAGAUCUGUUGAGUUAUUAUGUGUCUCAACAUGUUAGCAAGGAGUCAAGCAAUGGUGCUGUAGAUAUGGAACCUUGUUAUGAAAUCACUACAGAGGGACCACAAUCUCAGGACAAUAUUGGUUCUGGUAUAAAGACAAGAAUGGUGGAAGAAAUCUCAUCCGUUGGUGGAACAGAUGCAGCUAAUGCCUCGGUUGCGGAGCGUGUCAUUGAACCUACUCUUGUUAUGUGUGAG